CAUGUUAUAACUCCAACCUCGUGAAAGUGUCAAACUGUCACAUUUUCGUCAAAAACAAAUGUAUGUGGAACCAGUGCCUGCACAUGCGCAGUUCGGCGAAAGACCACGGUUAGACCAGAUUACGUGUUUCUGCGCAUGAGUUUAGCUAGCCAACGUCGCCAUGGACCUCGCCUACUGCAACCGUCGUGAUCGGGAGAAGCAGUUUCUGGCUAGCUGGACUAUCUUUGACUAUGCUCAAACGUCUUCCGUUCCAUAUUUUUUUUCAGUCUGAAAGAAUAUCCGGAGUAGCCUUUCGCUGGUUUAGAACCUGCGCAAGGUAAAUGCAAAAACAGUUAAACGGUUUUUAUUCUCAUUUGCGUGCGAACGAUCAUCAAUAGAGAUGUACCAUGGCGGGCAAAGCGGCGGUGGCUUUCCGUUUGGGCCGAACGUAGUAAAUGAAUCGGGAACCUAUGGAAAUUGUGUCCUCUGUGGGUUAACUUUAAACCAUGAGCGAUAUCCCCAACUUCUUCCCUGUUUGCACUCUAUUUGUCAAGCAUGCCUGCCCCCAGUCAAUCCAGGGUUGCAGAAAGAUCUCUCUAUCUCUCCAGCAUGUCCGUCCUGUGACAUGCCAUUUACUAUUCUGGAAGUCAAAGAUAAUCUCUUUAUUAAGAACUCUUCCAACGAUCUCUGGACUGGUAAUGUCCAGUGUACCUGUUGUGAGGGGUUCGUGGCGAGUGGCUGGUGUGUGGAGUGUGGAGAGGCGCUGUGUUCGGAGUGUGUAUCUGCACACAGAAGAGUGAAGGUCACGAAGGACCACACUAUCCGGCUCCAACCCCCAACAGGAGUCUCCGCUCCCACAGUGUUUUGUCCCACACACAAACAUGAGCCAAUCAAGCUCUUCUGUUUGACCUGCGAUCAGCUGACCUGUCGAGACUGCCAACUAAUGGAUCACAGGAACCACAGUUUCCAGUUCCUCCAUGAGGCGAUGGCCAGCCAGAAAGAUCAGCUUCAGUCCCUGGUGCAGAGAGUGAGGCAGCAGAGAGUUGCAGUGAAGCAGAGCCUCCUGGACAUGGACGGCAGAUUGCUAGACAUAACACAACUAAAGUCAAAGCUGAGGGAGAGUCUGAAGAGAAUGCUUUUUGCUACUGUUCAACUCUUGAAAUCGAGAGCCACGUCGCUCUACAACAACAUAGAGACUAUGUGUAAUGCCGAGGUGGCAGGGAUCGAGACGAGACGGAGUGCACUAAACAAACUGGGGCAGAGACAGGACUAUGUUGCUGACUUUGCUGAGAAAGCCCUGAAUGUGGAGGACUUCUUUGCCCUGCUCUCCUGCAAAGGGCAGAUUGGAUCCCAGUUACAGCAUCUCUUGACUCAGAGUACUGAGCCCCCGGGGACCAUGCUUAAGUUACAGCUGGUGAUUACUGAUGACUUCAAGAAACAAAUAGCUUGCUUUGGUAAACUUUUGGGCGAUAUUGUUCCCUUUGCCCAAUCACAUGUUAGUCAAGACAAACCCCUGGAAAACCAAGAAAGACCCAAUGCUCCCUCUGGCCAGACCUCUUCCUGUGCUCCUAACAUGUCCAUCCAUUCUGUUCCCCCUCCACAUAACCCUGUCUUCCAGCCCCCACGCCCCUCUUACACUGCCCCAUCCAACCCCCACAGUCAGCCCUCCACCUCCCGUGAGCCUCCUCCUUAUCGCUCCCUGCCUGUCCACACCCCUUCAAGCCUUCCAUUGAGCCAUCCUGUGACACCCCAGCCCUGCCCAUCUACACUAGCCCCAUCUCACCCCUCCCUGAAUAUACAUAAUCCACCAUUCUGUCUUCCAUCAAACCCUGCCCAGCCAUCACUUGUUCCUGCACUUCAUGUCCAGUCACCGUUGGUCCCCACAAACCCUGCCCAGCCAUCACUUUUCCCUUCACUUCAUGUCCAGUCACCGUUGGUCCCCACAAACCAUGCCCAGCUAUCCCCUGUUCAGCCUCCAACCUCCCCAUCUCUCCAACCACUGAUUGAGGCCACACCUAGACUUUAUGGUAUGUUCAAGGCAACUCCUCCACCUGGACCUGGACGAUCUCGGAGAGGUAAGGAUGGAAAGUCCUGGACGUUCCACUCAUACUCACCCGGAGAGAUCGGCCACCCACCUUCUGGCUCCUCCUCUCCUGCAGCCGUAGCUCAGCAUCAGAAAAGGAACUUUCCAAAAUCGCAGCUACUGUGGAUCCUCCAUCAGCCUCCCUCUGUAAACCCCAUCCCUGUCCUCCCGGUGAAAGCCUUAGCAGACUCCCCCUGUGAUAGAAGCCUGCCUCCUACUGGUCUGGCAGACCCUGACCCAAACUCUCAGGCCAGGGAGAACGAGCCCACCUCUACUGUCACUGAGUUGGAGACUGACCCAGAGGCAGACAGUGCUAUGGAGUUGGAGGUCCCGUCAGCCUGGGGUGAUAGAAAGGCAGCUGCCUGCUCGGACAGUACUUCUUCAGAUCUGCAGUUCACAGGGACUUUGUCUACUGAGAGGACCUCUAAUCAUCUCUCUUACAGUGUCUUAACCCACACCCACCACCGCAAAGAAGAAACUGACACGGACCCUAACAGUAAACCCUAUUCUGUGGGUAGGACCCAUACUGCCCCCCACAACAAUAAAAAGAUAGCUUAUGACCAACAACAUGAGGAUGCUAAGGCUAUCAGGUCACUUCAUCGGCGUGUGAAUAACUGGAGAACUGAGCUGCCAACACGCAUUAGAGUGCUACUGGAGGGUCCCUCUCCACUCCCCACCAGGACAGGUUCGGUGGAGGGUCCCUCUCCACUCCCCACCAGGACAGGUUCGGUGGAGGGUCCCUCUCUACUCCCCACCAGGACAGGUUCGGUGGAGGGUCCCUCUCCACUCCCCACCAGGACAGGUUCGGUGGAGGGUCCCUCUCCACUCCCCACCAGGACAGGUUCGGUGGUGGCCACUGAAAUGCCAACCAGGCAACCCAACACCACCCAGCCACCGAGCUUGACCAAUGGCAACAAUGUUAACAACUCAAGGUCCUGGCAACCCAGGGUCUUGAUUUUUCGGCUACCCAUCUCCACCCCCACUCCUGGAUGCGCUCUUCCUCAGUUCCUGCUUGUCCAAGGGGCCAGCAAAGAUGAGAUUAUUCUGCAAGAGAUUGCAGAAGAACACCAGUCCCAUGGCGAUGACAUCACACCACCAGAGUCAGACAGCCUCCUCUGGACUAAGGCCCUGUCCUCCCCAGAGAGUCCCCCACUGCUCCAGUAUGUGACCUGUGCGGCCUGUCACACUGUUGGCGGUUCGCUAUUCUGUGUGGAGUGUGGGAGGGGCUACCACCAAGAUUGUCAUAUCCCACCCAUUAGUCCUUCCUUCUGGGAGGAGUGGAAGUGUUCACUUUGUCAGGACCUGGCUGACACCACAGACCCCUACAGUGAUGACAGGCACAGGACUAUGUGCCUCAGCCUAGCAGACCAGCGGAAAUGUGAGCAUCUCCUACUUUUUCUAAGGUGUGAGAAUGACAGAAACAUCCUUUGCAGCACGGCUGAGCCCCCCUCAGAUUCAAUAUGUCUUGACUCCAUACAUGGAAGGCUGCUACAACAUCGAUCACCCCCUUACCGUACCCCCUCCGAAUUUGUCUCUGACGUCUGGGUCCUUUUCGAAGCCAUGUUGAUGAACUCAAAGGACCAGGAGUUGGUUGUCAAGCUACGGGGCAGCUUUCAGAGGAAGUUAGGGGAAGUGUUUGGGACAGCUCUCCACCCCUCCCUCCUCAGCCACCCUAACAGCAGCUGGACUGAGACGGGGGAACCUGAGGAACCAACGGCUGCAGAGUCUCUGAAGAGGAUGAGGAAGUUGCUGAAUAGGACCAAAAUGCCAAAAGCUAAGAAACAUCACUCCCAGGUCAGAGUUGAAACAGAUGAAAAUGAAACUAAUAUGAAAAAAAUGAAAAAGGAUGCAGACUGAAUAAUGGCCAUUGAAGUGGAGACUCAGAAAUGCUAUGUUAGUCAAUUAUAUACAACUGCUAUUGUACUUUGUUUCAUUAAAUUAAAUACA